GUUAAUGAAAACUAUCACCCAAUGAAAUUGGGUAUUUUGCAUACGUCACUCGUCCCGACUAUACUUAGCCUGACCGCCAUUUUAACAAGAAUAUCGAUACAUUGUUGCUAAAAUGUUAUAUUUUUCUACAAUUUAGAGAAGUUGUUUGUUAGUGGGUAAAAUGGAUUCUCCUAAAGACCAACAAAAUGAGAAUGAACUGUCUAUUGUUGGAAUGCAUUCGGCUGAAGAAGAAACAGAUGAUUUAUGGGGGAUAAGCAAUAAGAAUAAUGAUGAAGACUAUUUUGAAAUUGAGGAGAAUAUAAGUUCAGAUGAAGAAGAUGCCAAUUUAACUAAUCCCUCCAUGGAUUCUAUGAAAACAAAAGAUGUUUUUACUAGCGCUGAUGAGCAGGUGAUACAGCCAGAUUUGGGAGAUGAUGAUGAUGAUGAUAUAACUAUAUUAAAUGAUGAAAGAAAAGAUGACAGUGCUGCAAAAGAUGGGGAUAAGGGAUUAAACUCAAGUUAUAUUGUAAUUCCUCCUAUAACCAGUAGCAGUCCAGUUUCUAUUGAAGCGAAACCUUUCAGUGUUAGACCUAUAACAGCACCAACUACUCAACCAGCACCAACACAGAUUGUAUUCAGAUUACAAAAUCCACAAAACACUAUACAAAGAUCUGUUGGAACUUUUUUAUCGAAUUCAAAUAUGUCAGUUAUCUCGCCACAGUCUAAAGUAUUCCUCAAACCAGUAGGCUCGAAAGACCCAGGUCAGGUCAUUCUACAUUCAUCAAACUCCAGUACUAGUGGUCCUGUCAUGAUGUCUCAACCCAAUGCUGUUAAAACAAUUCGUAUGGUGGUUCCUAAUUCAAAUAAUCAAGUACGCAAUAUUCAGCCUAAUAACCAAGCAAAAAGCCAAGUUGUUUACUUAAAUACGCAAACUGCAGGAAAUCUUAUCUUGCAGACUCCUCCUGUACUGAAAGGUCCAGUGUUGGUAAAUUCAAAUCAGACAACUACUGGUCAAGCAUCUAACCCUGCCCCAAUAUUUAUUCCAUCCACCAUGCUCUCCAAAAAUAUUACCAAUUCAACUGUAUUACAAGCUUCAAAACAGUCAGCGCCUUUAAAGAUUCCCACCAGUGCCACACAAAACACUGCUCAAUCUCAAAUGCAACCAAAGCCUGGUCAAAUUGUGCUACAAACUUCUGAUGGUCAGAGGUUACUGCUACAACCAAUAAAUUCUAACAACACCACAGUACCAACUGGAAAGACCGGUACCAGUAACCUUGUAUUUCAACAAGGGAAAAUCAACACUUUAUCACAUGAUGGUGUCAAGACAUUUAUUCCAUUACAAGGAAUUAACAAAAACUUAAAACCAUCUACCAAUCAAGCUCUUAAAUCUUUAGUUACACCUAAAAGCAAUCAAAUAAUAAUUCCCUUAAACAGUGCAUUAAAACAAGAGAAUGAUCCAAACAAGAAGCCUAUGGAAAAGCAGAUAGAUCUUGAUACAGCUGCUGUACUACAAAGGAAGUCAGUUUUGUUAAAUAUGCUGACAAAACCUGUAAUUCCAGAGAAGGCUAUAGAUGAUGAUAUUGAGAUACUAGAAAUUAAUAAGGAGAAAACUGGUUUUGGUGCAAAAAAUACAGUUGAGUGGAUUGAAAAGAGGUCAAAUGCCUCUCAAGCACCAAAUAGACAAGUCUUCAAGAAACCAGAAAAGGAGGUCUUUUUCUCAAAAUCUAGUAGUAACAAGAAAAAUGAAGAUGUGGCUUGUUACCUACCUCUUCAGGCGUGCGGAUCUGCUACACUUGAACAUUUAAUUUCGCUUACAGAGCGAAAGAAAGAACCCCCUCCCCCCCAGGUAGAAGAAAUCUUAGACGAAAGACCUUGCAGUCCUAUUGUUGCUGUCCAAGAGAUGCCAAAGCAACCAUGUGCUAGCAAUCUUCUAAAAACAGCCCUGAAGGACUUUCCUGCUAAGCAAACCUCUGGUGGUAGCAGACGGAAACAAGUUUUAACAAACAGGACAGCCGAAGCAGAGCAAUCAUUUAUUAAAACUGGCAAUAUUGUGGUCAACAAACCAAAGAAAAAGAAAAGACCUCCUGCUAAACCUCGAGUUGUUGUUGAGACCAAUACAAGUGAAAUAGAUUCAGAUGAAGUUAUCUCUUCUAUAAAUGACUUUGAUUUAGAAGGAGUCUAUUUUUCAUCUAAUGGCCCUUCAAAUAUGAUAGCUAUACCUGAUAAAGCUACAGAAAAUAAUAUAUCAAUUAAAACAGAACCAACAAGUCCCACAUUGCCUUUGGCACAGGAUCAGAGAUAUCAGCUACAAAUCAGUGACAUUUGCAGUUUGAAUAUUGAUGCAGAUGAAGACUCUGUUUCAAAACAAGCCCAAACUAAUAAUUUAUCAGUGAAAAGAGAACGCGGUCAUCUUGAAGAUACUCAUUUAGUCAGUAUAAAAAGAAUUAAAACAGAAUCUGAUGACACAGAUGAUAUGGAAGACAGGCCGUCAGGUUAUGCAGACAUUAAACCGGAUCCUCUCAAAGUUGGACAAAUACUUUCUUCAGAGGAUUUAGUGCGUAGAAGUUAUAGGAUUUUCAGUAAACCUACGUAUCAAAGUGGUAACAUACAGACAGCUCAAUUAAGUAGCAGUCAAAAGGGGUUCAUUCCUAUAACUAAUAUAUUAUCGGGUGUGAAAACUGAAUCAAUUGAACAUGAUGAAACUGCUAAAACAAGUGAACAUAGUGUUGGUAUUAAUAGCAUAGAUCCACUAAGUCCUUUUGAUUAUGAUCACUAUCCUGGACCUGUUAGUGUAAAAAUUGGCAAAAAUAUAGAAAGAGCUAAAGCUCAAAUGGGAAUAAAAGAUUGUUUUGUGAAAAUGUUUUCCGAUUUCCAUAUCAUUGAAAGUCGUUUUGCUAUUAACGGUAUGCGAAAUGUGUAUUCCUGUAAUUAUUGUAAAGGAGAAUAUGCUACUGUGAAUAUGAAAUCAUUAAGUGAACAUUUAGAAAUGCACAGAAAAUUCCCAAAGAUUCAUCUAUUAGUUCAGGAAAAACCUUAUGAAGUCACUGCUUUAUCAGGAAAUGAAAUAUCAGAAAUGGUAGCUGGUACUGAAGCAGUUGCUGGGCAAGAUGUUGAUAAUAAUAUUCAAUCUUCAAGCAGUAAGAAAUCUGCAAUACGAAACAAAAGACAUUUUUGUACAUUGUGUCCAUAUUCAGCCAGAAAUCUUCAAUCUCUUCAAGGACAUAUGAACGUUCACAUAAUGGACUCAAGGAGGACAUGUGAUAUUUGCCAUAUUGUUUUUAGAAAUUACAAAGUGCUCGAAAUGCAUAAAACAAAUGAACAUAAAUCUGAAAUGAAUAAAUUAGUGUAUAUUUCAGCAAGACCUUUAUAGCCAAAAGUGAUAUCAUUGCAAUUUUUAUUGCGAUCUGUGAAAAUGUGCUUAUAAAAGUCAAUUCAACAUUACUAUAGUUUUAAGAACAUGUGAUAUUAGAGGAGCUACCCCAGAUUAUAUAUUAAUGAAUUUUAAUUCUGUGUGAAAGAAAACUAAUAGUAAUACAGUAUAUGUUUUAACCUAGCCUUAUGCAACUGUCUGAAGCUAUGUGAUACUAUUAAAAAAAAGAAUGGACUUGUUUGGACAAAAAAGACACACAAGAUGGUGGUGUGAAAUGAGUGGAAACCAGUGGAAACAUUAAAGUGCCAUAGCAAGUUAGAAUUGAUCCAUUUGAAUAGUUAGUUUUUUGACUACAGACUACAUUUAUCAACCGAUUGUUUUGAAAUUGAUAUAUGUUGUUUGUAUAAGUGAGAUGAAGAAGCCUAUUUAAUUUCAAUAACUUCUGUUAAUUUCUUCUGGAGUUAUGGCUCUUGUUUCACUUUGUUGCACCUUGUGAACGCUCUAACGACAAAAGUUAUCAACCGAUCUGUAUGAAAUUUAUAUGCAUCUUUUAAAUUAGUAAAACAAAGAAGCCUAUUGAAUUUCAGCAAUUUCCGUUAAUUACAUCUAGAGUUAUGGCCCUUGUUUCACGUUGUUGAAUCUUGUGAACGCUCUAAUGACAACAGUUAUCAUCUGAUCUGUUUGAAAUUGAUAUGCAUCAUUUAAAUUAGUGAAAUGAAGAAGCCUAUUGAAUUUCAGCAAUUUCCGUUAAUUUCUUCUGGAGUUAUGGCCCUUGUUUUACUUUGUUGCACCUGGUGAACGCUCUAAUGACAAAAGUUAUCAACCGAUCUGUAUGAAAUAUAUAUGCAUCAUUUAAAUUAGUAAAACAAAGAAGCCUAUUGAAUUUCAGCAAUUUCCGUUAAUUACAUCUAGAGUUAUGGCCCUUGUUUCACUUUGUUGAAUAUUGUGAACGCUCUAAUGACAACAGUUAUCAUCCGAUCUGUUUGAAAUAGAUACAUGUAUGCAUCAUUUAAAUUAGUGAAAUGAAGUAGCCUAUUGAAUUUCAGCAAAAGUUAUCAUCCGAUCUGUAUGAAAUUCAUAUGCAUUAUUUGAAUUAUUAAAACGAAAAAAGCCUUUCGAAUUUGAACAAUUUCUGUAGAUUGCUUCCAGAGUUACGGCCCUGGUUUUAGAUCUAAAACCUUGUGAACCUUCAAACAACGGAAAUUAUAAUGUCAUCUGUAUGAAAUUGUCUAUUAAAUUCCCCUAAUUACCUACAAAAGAAUAAAUAUGUGACAACCCUUGUCGACUGCUCGGACGAUUUAGCUGCUGUGGGCGUAUGUUUUGUUGCCUGGCAACCUAUCUUUAAAUGUAUUCAUUACAAUUACUUUCUCAUUUUUAGCAAUGUACGACGUAAUUAAUUGCCAUUACCCAUUACUUUGAAAGUAAUUAAUUACUAUUACCCAUUACUUUAUGACAUUAAAAACACAACAAUAUUUUUCUGCAAUGGAGCACCAAUGAAAUGAAGCUCAAACAAUCUUUGAUUGGCUUUUUUUUUUUGUAUGAAUUGUCAUUCACAUCUAGGCAAAAGGAAAUUUUCUAACAUAAAAACUGUUGUUGUAACUGUAUGGCUUUGAAAAAUGAAUUAAUAGUAUAGAUAACUACAUUUGAUUUCAAGUAAUUUCAGAUAAAAUUCAUAAUCAAUCCAAUUGGUUUGUCUCUUGACAUCGCAUAAUUGGAAAAUUAUUCAGCAUUCCUGGUAAAUAAAAUCGGAUAUAAUUUUUUUAUAUAAGUAACCACAAAAUGAUGAGAUACACUUGAAGACCAUUGAUUGGCGAAAUCUGUAAUAGGUCUUUUAAUCUGAUUGAUUGACUAAGUGAUUGAAUUCUAAUUAACCCUAAUCUCUGAUUACAAUCUACAUCUAUUUGCAUAUCCACUGUGUUUAAGCUUACUCGUCUAAAAAGGGACCCUAAAUAUACUAAUGUCCAAAAGAAAGUAUACACACUAAAAAUACACAUUAAGUUUUGUUUAGAUUAAAAACAUUUGAUGAAACAUUACUGAGUUUGUCUCUUGCAUCCAAACUCAACAUUUCUAAGUAAAAAAGCGAAACAAAUUGGCAUUGUACCCAAAUGCCACAUAUAUACAAUGGAAAAUGACUUUGGUUGAUGCAACACGAAAUGCAUAGUGUAUACUUUCUUUUGGAAAGUGAUAAAAUUCAGUAGUUACAUGCACUUCUUUGAUGCUACAAUUUGAGGCUUUCCACAGUUGCAAAUAUUAAUAUUGAUAUUUGCCUUACAAUGUACACCUAAUUGAAAUGUAAUUGACCAUGACAUUUUUUUUUAAAAUAUAAUUAAUUACAUUUCAAUUACUGAUUACUUUUGAAAUCUUCCAUUACUCAUUACAUGACCAUUACUUUAAAAAUGAUAUGAUUACAUUCCAUUACCCAUUACCAUUACCCCAGCUCUUUUAUAUGGCACUUUUAUCAACAGUCCACAAUUCUAUGGUAUACAGUUACAGUACUACCAUCAGCUGCUUGAUAAAGACUAAUUAUAGAUCACAUUAUGCAAUCUGACAGUCUCCAGACUGGAAAAGUCAAGAUUUACUAAAUCAUGCAUGAAUUAGUAUUUCAAACAUACAUAGAAGCAGAGCCGUUAUGAGAGUGGGGGUUAUUGCAAAUAUUUGCAAAUAUGUGUUCAUUAGUUUAAAAGCCCCCAACUGAUAGCAUUUUUAUUCGCUUCACUGAGGUACAGCACCCCCUACAUUAAAUUUGUUCCAACAAGUGUGUUAUUCACUAAAAACACUUAGGUCUGUGGCAUAAGCCAAUACAUUUCUAAAUAUUUACAGAUCUUACCAUAAUAUUCGUACUGGAUAAUAACAAACCAUGUUUCUGUUACAAAUCUUAUUGACCCUAUUUCCGUAAGUUGACAACCACCUCUGGUGACCCACUUUUAGACAGGUACAUUGAGGACCCUGGUUUAAACAUACAUGUACUGUUUGAUUACACUGGUACUUCACAGAAGCCUAGCUCACUUGAAUUGCAUGGAAAUAUUAAAAUGUACAUGUAUGUCCUUACAAAAGAAUAAUAGAUAAUGAAGCCUGUUGAUUGUGGCCAUUUGGCACAAAAUGUUGCUUUUGUUUUGAAAAUUGUUAUUGUUUAUUUUCGGUGUCAAACUUGGAUUAUUUCCAUCUAAUAAGUUUCUUAAUUAUACAAUGAAGAAAAUUGUAUAUAGAUAUGUUGUUUUUAAAUAAUAUUAUUUUUUUGUACAUUUGUAUAUAUCUUUAUAAAGCUUUAUAUUGUACUACAUCAUUGUACAUAAUAUAUGCUACAUGCAAUCAUACAAUCAU